AUGGACCUUUCAAGCUUCAUUAAUCAGCUACAAGCAGACAAACGGUUGACCGAGAAUAUCCAGAAAUUUCUUGGCGCUGACGAUAACGCUUUCAAGUCUCCUGGAUAUCUUCUCUAUAACUAUCAUAUCCAAACGACGGAUCACUUUCUGGAAGAAUGUUCAAUAACAUUGUAA